CGAAAAGCGGUCGGUACGGGGCUACGUGGUAAAUUCGUAGUCCCAACAACUCAGCAAUAAAUUAGCUGAUAUCAAUCGCGAAUCUGUUUUCAUACAAGAAUGGCUCAAACUGUUGAAGGCACUAUCGCGUCUACCGCAAACGGGAAUAAAUGCAGUACAGCUGCUAGUACGCAACAACAGAUUUCACUAAGCCUGGUUUCAUCACAAUCGACAAGAGCUUGCUCUAUCCAGGUGCCGCUUGUUGUCUUUCUAAACACGUGUGAAGUUGUUAUACCGGUAGGCGAUUUUUGAGGCGACAUGGGGGCAGGUUGUUCGACCGGAUCGUCAACCCAGACGGGAUUGCCGCCAACAGAACUCCCGAAAACAGAGAAAUUGUCAUCGGGCACUGAGCAACCACCAGAGAGUGCGACGUGCACUGUGGGGGAGGCCGCACGGACUGAGCCUUCGCCAGCCGGAAGGACAGCCGAGACUUCACCCAGCAUCAGUGCUCGUAAACUUACAAUUCUCCAUUUCAAUGAUGUGUACAACAUUGAGGAGCAAGAGCGCGAGCCCAAGGGCGGGGCGCCGCGGCUUUGCGGCAAAGUCAAGGAGUUCCGGCAGCGCGGGGUGAACCCGCUGGUGCUGUUCAGCGGCGACGCUUACAACCCCAGCCUCAUGUCCACCCUCACGUUGGGCAAACAGAUGGUGCCCAUCCUCAAUGAGAUUGGGGUGAACGUGUCCUGCCUGGGGAACCACGAUUUCGACUAUGGCUUGGAGAACCUGCUGAAGCUCAACGCGCAGUGCGCCUUCCCCUGGCUCAUGGCCAACGUGUUUGAGCGGGGAACAGACAAGCCCUACGCGGGCGCUGCCGCCAGCUGGGUGCAGGAGUGGAGCGGCGUCAGGGUGGGGGUGGUGGGGCUGGUGGAGGAGGAGUGGCUGGAGACGCUGGGUGCGGUGGACGUGGAGGACAUGGAGUACCGGGACUUUGUGGAGGUGGGGCGCCAGGCGGCGCGGCAGCUCAAGGCCCAGGGCGCGGAGCUGCUGAUCGCGCUGACGCACAUGCGCGAGCCCAACGACCGCAAGCUGGCUGCCGAGGUGCCGGAGUUCCACCUGGUGCUGGGGGGACACGACCACCACUACGUGUCGGAGCACAUCCAGCCGCACAACAACCUGCUGGUCAAGUCGGGUGAGACGCUGGAGCCGCUGGACGGGCGCUUCCAGACGGUUCGCAACCGGGAGUCCAAUCUAGGCAACUUCGUGGCGGAUGUGUGGCGCAAGGCGGCGCGGGCGCACAUCGCCAUCAUCAAUUCGGGCAGCCUCAGGUCUGACCAGGUGCACCCUGCCGGCACCCUCACCGCCAAGGACUUCGUGUCCGUCCUGCCCAUGGUGGCUCCCACCGUGGUGCUGCAGUGCACGGGCGCGCAGGUGGUCGCCGCCCUGGAGAACGGCGUGUCGCAGUGGCCCAAGCUGGAGGGGCGCUUCCCGCAGGUCAGCGGCAUCAGCUUCAAGUUCGACCCCUCCCUGCCCCCCGGCGCCCGCAUCCUGCCCGGCAGCGUGAUGCUGGUGGAGGGGGGGAGCGAGCCGCAGCCCCUGGAGCCGGAGCGGGCCUACCGAGUAGCGGUGCCGGAGUACCUGGCGACGGGGAAGGAUGGGUUCAGGGUGUUCACGGAGUGCAAGACGCUGGUGGACGGUGAGUCGGGUGUGGUGAUCCCCACCGCCGUCCGGUGCCACUUCCUGCAGCUGGCGGUGCUCAGCAAGUGGGAGGGCGGCGGCAGCAAGGGGGUGCUCGCGCCGCUCACAUCCAAGUGGCUGCGGAAGGCGAAGGAGUCCAAGACGGCAGAUCAGCUCGAUGCCCUGGAGGCCGAGGGCUCCGAGGGGCGGCAGCUCGGGUCCUCGGCGCCGGGGCGGCAGCAGCUGACACAGGGGCUGGCUGUACGGCACCCCGAGGGGGGGCAUUACGUAAUCGCACCCCGGCUGGAGGGCCGCAUCGUGAAUGUCAGGGAGCCGCUGCAAGAGGAGGAGCAGGACGGGGGACGGAAGGAGGAGGAGGGGCGGAAGGAGGAGGAGGGGAGGAAGGAGGAGGAGGAGAAACAAGGUGACGUGGAGGAGUUGCAAGCGUAAAGGUUCUGCAGCUUUCGUUUCUGCAUGUGAGUUCGAGGCGCGGGCGCGCGGGGCUUCAGCUGCGCUCAUAGCUGGCAGGAUGUGAUUGCAUGUUUUGUCGGAAGACGAUUGCCAAGAGCUGUUGUUGUGAGCUGGGGUUUUACGUGGUAUUGAUUAGCGUACCAAGUUAUAGUUGUGACCCGUUGGACUAUUCUGUACGAUUAUGCGUCGGGUGGUUAUGUGGUCUGCAUGGUCGGGGCGCGGGUGGCAACUGCACGGUAGUGGCUGGUUGGAAACAUGCACAUCCCGAAUGAGAUUGUUGUAUAUCUAUGGCAUUUCACAGCGUACGUGGCCGGAACUGUGAACGGGACAGCACUGUUAACCAGCUGCAUGUUGCAUGUUGGGGCAUGACGGAGUGCAUGCGUCCCACUCAAGGACGUGGGGGGUGGUGGUGCCGGCAUGUUGUGUGCCAUGUGGCAAGUUUAAGCUCAAGCAUGAAUGCAAUGGCUAGGACAAGGACUAGGUACUAAGCAUGUUGCGGGCGUUGGACUCUGAACAACGGCGCGGUGAACAACGGCGCGGUGAACAACGGUGCGGUGAACAACGGCGCGGUGAACAACGGUGCGGUGGACAACGGCGCGGUGAACAACGGUGCGGUGGACAACGGCGCGGUGGACAAUGGCGCGGUGAACGAUGGCGCUGGAGUCGCCGUGUGUUGCCUAGACCGCUUGCAUGCGACUGAAACCUCAUUGGGUGCUGGUGACGUGACCCACUGACAGGCAUUCGUACAGCCUGUCAGGCUAUGCAUGGGUACUUGGGAUGUGCGUGAUGCCGCUGUGCAGUACUGCAUGCCAGCGCUGCACGAGCGCUGCUAGCCUUCAGUCCUGCUGCGUGCUGGGAACUGCUUGCGUGUGAUGCGGACUGGCACCGUCGUGACACGCGAUGAAGUGUGAAGGUGUUGUACUUAGGAAAAACGGUGUGUUGCCUGUCUUUUGGCAUACUUCUGUGGACCCUGGAUUAUGUCAUUCCCACUCAUUACCCUGUAUAUCACGGCAGCAGGUGGUGCGUCUACAUUGCGCUGGGAAGUGUUUGCCACCUGACGUUCUGGCCCCCAACGCUGCUGCACGGUGCCGCUGCUACAAGGUUACCGGUGUUGGCUCCGUGAUUGCGCAUGCGACCGGGGCUGGUGCGCCGAGUCGGUGUGUGUGGAGGGGUAAAGGGGAAACAACUAACUGACCUGGUGUGUGGAGGGUGGGUUGGUGCUGCUUGGGACGAACCCUGUCUCCUGCGUGCUCAGAUGCCUAGGCCGCCACAUCCCAACGCUGUUGGAAGCUCUUUGUUAUGCGGCGAUGCGACAUCCAAUACCGGUAUAGGUUUACACGCCAGUGUGCCAUGCAAGCCACUGGCAUGCAUGCUCUGCACACUGGCCCAAGUGCUCCGCACCCUCCUCUCACCUGUAAGAGCUGUUUCCUCG